AUGAGGAUUACAAAGCUGAUAGUGUUGUUAACUGUGAUCUUAAAUUAUAAUUUAGUCAACUGUGAUUUUAACACGACAGCAGCAUCAAAAGUCAGUAUCGCUUUUACUGAUACAUUUAACGAAACGAUACUUAUGAAAGAGCACGAGGACCUCAUGAAUAUGGUGAACGCCUUCUACAGAGACCUAAACAAAAUGUUGCAAAAAAACAAAUCAAAGAAAGAAAUAUUUAGAAAUAACAAAGGAGUGAAAGGGACAACACGUUCGAACCUUAGAACUGCAUCAUUCGCGACCAACUCUAACUUCGAUCAAUCUAUUUCCACUAACAGUUUUUUAAAACCGCAUAAAUUACCUGAUUACGUCAGCCAACCUUUGUUCCCAAUUCCAGUAAUAACUGGAAAUAUUUUACGUGCCAAAUCUGUCUCUACACUAAGAACUACAUUUAAACCAAGUACUGUUACAUUACAGCCUAAACAGUCAAGCUAUGAAUCUACAUUUGCAAUUCCUAAUAUUCCAAUUUAUUAUAAAGAUAAACUACAUUUUACAGUCGCACUUCCAACUCGAAGUGAGUCUGAACAAUUUACUUUUCGUUCAGUUUACUCUUCCAGCCAAUCACCUUCUAAAACUGUUGCAUCUGCACCGAAUUUAAAAGCAGAAUCAGAAAGAUUUGCUUCUUUGUACCUUGGAAGGAACGCAAUGGAGACGAAACAUUGGCCGCAAUUAUCAAUUUCCAAAAUGCCUUUAAGGUCGGACAAAUCACAUCUAUCAACUACACUCUCUGACAGCGAAGUAAAGAGAAACGUAAAGAAAAGGGCAGAACAUCGAAACAGGGACAAGUUUAAUAGACUACAAAUGGAGAAUAAUGGAAGUGAAUACUUAAAGUUUAAAAGUAUUACAAAAACGCAGAGACGUUACAAAAUAGUAUCUUCGAAAGAUCACUUGAAACCAACCCGUGAGAGAACUACAAAAUAUUACACAUUGAAUUUACAUCGCAGACCAACUAAAGAUCAAUCUGUAACAAUCACACCUCUGUAUGUAAAUACACCAUUCCCUUACUUCCACGAACAAAAAGACCAUUUAAGUACAAAAGAAAAUAAAAUCCAUCACAGAGCCGACAAAAAGCGACGACAGCGCCGCCCUAAGCUAACUAUUGACUUCAAAAAAUUACAAGAUUAUUACUACCCUUUUGACGAGUAUUUUAGACAAUCGGAGCCUAAGCCUGUAAAAGGUGUUGGUAAAAUUACAAAUACAUAUUUAAAGAGAAUUGUAGAAGCUUCAAGUUAUAGUGACGAGGAAGAUUCUUUGAAAAAUAAUUUAAUCGAAGCUCUAUUUUAUAACGCGACGUCUACUACUGAAGCUAUGAAAUCAUUUCUUUGA